AUGAAACUUGAAAAGGAACAUUCCAAUGUAACAAAGCUGGAUGGCAAACAAAGCAGAUAUACUGACAUCGUCAUUCGUCCUUUCAAGUCAUGUGACACUGAUGUAGUGCGUAACAUAUUUGCUGAAAGCAUGGGAGAAAUGCGCAGUCCCCUAGUCCAUGAUGUCAUGUACCAAGCCAUUGUUUAUGGAUUAUAUUUAUCAUUACCUGCAGCAGUGCUAAGUGUUGUAUGGUUUUCUUGGUUUUUAGCACUGUAUUUUAUCAUUUUCAUUUUCAUUUUGAUUGUUUUGUUUGCUCUGUUACACAUUGGUUUCUCAAGGUACAUUCAACGAUGUUUAGACACUGAUCUAGGAGACAUAGAACAUACAUAUUUCCAGCAAAAAUGUCGCACUUGUGGGUUGCAGAGUGCAACCCAACAGUAA